AUGGGAAAAGCACUGAUAGGGACAGGAGGCAAGGAAAUUCUGGGCAGAAGAGGGUGGGUCCCCAGCGAGGGCCUGACCCUCAAGCUGAAAGGCCUGAUACCAUGGUCCAAAUUUACAGACUAUCAUCAGUGGAACAGUGCUGGUGUUGGUACUGGAGCAACCGACACCAAAAAGAAGAAAAUAAAUAAUGGCACUAACCCUCAGACAACCACUUCUGGUGGUUGCCACUCACCUGAGGAUAAACAACAGAACCGAGCGCAGCUGAAAGAAGAAAAGAAAGCAAGCCACCAACAUCAGGAAGCCCUAAGGCGGGAGAUAGAGGCCCAGGAUCAUACAAUACGAAUUCUCAUGUGUCAGAAAACUGAACUGGAGACAGCGCUCUAUUACAGCCAGGAUGCUGCCAGGAAAUUUGAAGAUGGGAACCUGGGCACCCCAUCAUCCUUCAACCUGGCACUUUCACAGGCCUUUAGGGGGAGUCCUUUGGGCUGCGUCUCAACCUCUCUCAUUCCAGGAGAGUCCAAGGAUCUCGCCGGCCGCUUGCAUCAUUCCUGGCACUUUGCAGGAGAGUUACAGCGGGCUGUCUCUGCUGUGUCCACAUGGCACAAGAAGGCAGACAGGUACAUCGAGGAGUUAACAAAGGAGAGGGACGCCCUGAGUCUGGAACUGUACAGGAACACCAUAACCAAUGAGGAGCUGAAGAAGAAAAAUGCCGAACUACAAGAAAAACUUCGACUUGCAGAAUCUGAAAAGUCUGAGAUCCAGCUCAACGUGAAGGAGCUAAAAAGGAAACUGGAGAGGGACAAAAUCCUGCUGCCACAGGUUCAAACCAACACUUUGCAGGAGGAGAUGUGGAGGCAGGAGGAGGAGCUACGGGAGCAGGAAAAGAAGAUAGGGAAGCAGGAGGAGAAGAUGUGGAGACAGGAGCAGAGGCUGCGGGACCAGGAGGGGAAGAUGCGGGAGCAGGAGGAGAUGUGGAGACAGGAGAAGAGGCUGCGAGAGCAGGAGAAGGAGCUGCGGGAGCAGGAGAAGCAGCUGCGGGAGCAGGAGAAGGAGCUGCGGGAGCAGGAGGAGCAGAUGCGGGAGCAGGAGGAGAAGAUGUGGGAGCAGGAGAAGAUGCGGGAGCAGGAAGAGGAGAUGUGGAGACAGGAGGAGAGGCUGUGGGAGCAGGAGAAGCAGAUGCGGGAGCAGGAGCAGAAGAUGCGGGACCAAGAGGAGAGGAUGUGGGAGCAGGACGAGAGGCUGCGGGAGAAGGAGGAGAGGAUGCGGGAGCAGGAGAAGAUGUGGGAGCAGGUGGAGAAGAUGCGGGAGGAGAAGAAGAUGCAGGAGCAGGAGAAGAAGACGCGGGACCAGGAGGAGAAGAUGCAAGAGGAGGAGAGGAUGAUGCAGGAGCGGGAGAAGAAGAUGCGGGAAGAGGAGGAGACGAUGCGGGAGCAGGAGGAGAAGAUGCAGAAGCAGGAGGAGAAUAUGAGGGAGCAGGAAGAGAAGGUGUGGGAGCAGGAAGAGAAGGUGUGGGAGCAGCAGAGGCUGCCGGAACAGAAGGAGAAGCUGUGGGAACACGAGAAGAUGCAGGAGCAGGAGGAGAAGAUAUGGGAGCAGGAGGAGAAGAUACGGGACCAGGAGGAGAUGUGGGGGCAGGAGAAGAAGAUGUGGGGGCAGGAGAAGAAGAUGUGGGGGCAGGAGAAGAUGCGGGAGCAGGAAGAUGAGAAGAUGCGGGAUCAGGAGCAGAAGAUGUGGGACCAGGAGGAGAGGAUGUGGGAGCAGGAGGGGAAGAUGCAGGAGCAGGAUGAGAGGCUGCGGGAGAAGGAGGAGAGAAUGCGGGAGCAGAAGAAGAUGUGGCAGCAGGUGGAGAAGAUGCGGGAGGAGGAGAAGAUGCGGGAGGAGAAGAAGACGCAGGAGCAGAAGAAGACAUGGGACCAGGAGGAGAAGAUGCGAGAGGAGGAGAGGAUGCGGGAGCGGGAGAAGAAGAUGCGGGAGGAGGAGGUGAUGAUGCGGGAGCAGGAGGAGAUGUGGGAGCAGGAAGAGAAGAUGCAGGAGGAGAAGAUGUGGGAGCAGGAGGAGAAGAUGCGGGAUCAGGAGCAGAAGAUGUGGGGCCAGGAGGAGAAGAUGUGGGACCAGGAGGAGAGGAUGUGGGAGCAGGAUGAGAGGCUGCGGGAGAAGGAGGAGAGAAUGUGGGAGCAGAAGAAGAUGUGGCAGCAGGUGGAGAAGAUGCGGGAGGAGAAGAAGACGCAGGAGCAGGAGAAGAAGACAUGGGACCAGGAGGAGAAGAUGCGAGAGGAGGACAGCAUUCGGGAGUGGGAGAAGAAGAUGCGGGAGGAGGAGGAGAUGAUGCGGGAGCAGGAGGAGAAGAUGCAGGAGCAGGAAGAGAAGAUGUGGGAGCAGGAGGAGAAGAUGUGGGAGCAGGAGGAGAAGAUGUGGGAGCAGGAGGAGAAGAUGCGGGAGCAGGAGGAGAAGAUGCGGGAGCAGGAGGAGAAGAUGCGGGAGCAGGAGGAGAAGAUGUGGGAGCAGGAGGAGAAGAUGUGGGAGCAGGAGGAGAAGAUGUGGGAGCAGGAGGAGAAGAUGUGGGAGCAGCAGAGGCUGCCGGAACAGAAGGAGAAGCUGUGGGAACACGAGAAGAUGCAGGAGCAGGAGGAGAAGAUGCAGGAGCAGGAGGAGAAGAUACGGGACCAGGCGGAGAAGAUGCGGGACCAGGCGGAGAAGAUGUGGGGCCAGGAGGAGAAGAUGUGGGAGCAGGAGGAGAAGAUGUGGGAGCAGGAGGAGAAGAUGUGGGAGCAGCAGAGGCUGCCGGAACAGAAGGAGAAGCUGUGGGAACACGAGAAGAUGCAGGAGCAGGUGGAGAAGAUGCAGGAGCAGGAGGAGAAGAUAUGGGAGCAGGAGGAGAAGAUGCGGGACCAGGCGGAGAAGAUGUGGGGCCAGGAGGAGAAGAUGUGGGGGCAGGAGGAGAAGAUGCGAGAGAAGGAGGAGAAGAUGCGAGAGAAGGAGGAGAGGAUACGAGAGCAGAAAGAGAACAUGCAGGAGAGGCUGCCAGAGCACGAGGAGCGGUGCUCAGAGCCCUGCCUCCCUCCCUCCAAAGUUCUUUGUAAUAUGAGCCACACUGGCAGUGUGGAGCCUGCAGGAGGAGAGGCUGGGGAGGGUUCUCCGCAGGACAACCCCACUGCACAGAUCAUGCAGCUGUUUUGUGGGAUGAAGAAUGCCCAGCAGCGCCCAGGAUUAGGCAGCAACUCCUGCAUCCCAUUCUUCUACCGAGGAGACAAGAAAAAGAUGAAGAUCAUCAAUAUCUAA